AUGCCUUUAGUCUCAGGAGAAUUGUCUCUUACCACUGACAAUAGGUUGAUCUUGGAAGAGUUAUCAUACGACCGUGAGUUGCUUGCUAAAGAAAGUCAGUUACUUCAUGGUCAACUUACAGAUGAACAAAGGUCAAUUUAUGAUGCUGUUAUUUCUUAUGUUUAUUCUAACAAGGGUGGAUUGUACUUUGUUUACGGGUAUGGUGGUACUGGCAAAACAUUUCUUUGGAGGGCAUUAUCAGCUUAUAUUAGAGCUAAAGGUCAAAUAGUUAUCAAUGUGGCAUCUAGUGGUAUAGCAUCUUUGCUUUUGCCGGGAGGACGAACAGCACACUCUCGAUUUGCAAUACCUAUUUCUAUCAAUGAAGAGUCAACUUGCAAUAUUCAUCAAGGUAGCCAGUUGGCAGAUCUCAUUGUUGCAGCGAAGUUGAUAAUUUGGGAUGAAGCACCAAUGAUGCACAAGCACUGUUUUGAGGCUUUGGAUCGAACAAUGCGAGAUAUAUUAAGAUUUGUUAAUCAAGACAGUGGUCAUAGGACAUUUGGAGGUAAAACAGUGGUAUUCGGAGGUGACUUUAGGCAAAUUUUACCUGUGGUGCCAAAAGGAUCAAGACAAGACAUUGUUUCUUCAGCUAUAAAUUCAUCAUACCUUUGGAAGCAUUGCAAAGUUAUGCGCCUAACAAAGAAUUUGAGGUUAAAUAGUAUGCAACCUGGUUUGGAUCAACAACGAAUGGAAGAAUUUGCAAACUGGCUUUCUUCAAUAGGUGAUGGUACUAUUGGAGAAGAUAACGAUGGUUACGCUGAGGUUGAUAUCCCUUCUCAAAUGUUGUUGAAAUGUAAUGGUGAUCCUAUUGCAACUAUUGUUAACAGUACUUUCCCUCAGUUCAACGGUGGUAUAAUUGAUGGUGAAGGGAAGACGUAUUUCAGUUCUGACACAGCUUGCAAAGCUGAUGGUACUUCUACUGUACUUGCAGAUGUCCAUACACCUGAAUUCUUAAACACUAUUAGAGCUUCAGGCUUGCCAAAUCAUGCUUUAACAUUAAAGGUUGGGUCACCUAUUGGUGAACAUGUGGUUGAAGGAAGUAUACUUGCAGGACCAAAUGCUGGCACUAGGGUUUUGAUUGUUAGAAUGACGAUAACGCCAUCUGACACAAGAUUGCCUUUCAAGUUCAAUAGAAGACAAUUUCCUCUCAUGUUGUCAUAUGCAAUGACUAUCAACAAGAGUCAAGGCCAAACUUUGUCCAAUGUUGGUUUGAUCCUUAGGAAACCAGUUUUUGUCCAUGGACAACUAUAUGUUGCUGCAUCAAGAAUAAGUCAACCAAACGGCCUCAAGAUUUUAAUUUGUAAUGAUUCAAAAAGUACUCUUAACAGUACAACUAAUGUAGUUUACAAAGAAGUCUUUAACAAUUUGUAA